AGCCUAGCUGGUGGUGCGACAGACUGAGAAUCGGUGGUGGGUGUUGUGUGAGGUUGUGAUAAAGUUUGCUACGUGUCUCUCCUCUCGUGGUGUGAUAUGCAGUAAGCAGUGAUGAAUAGUUCUCAUACGUACAGCAAAUGAUAAGUAAUAAGGUUUAUAAUUAAUUAACCUUAUAAUUAAAACCCGUUUUACCUAAAGUAAAACCAUGCAUUCCAACAAGGCAACUUCAGCGGGUGUUAAAAAAGUUAUGUUUCCUGACAAAAAACCGUCAUUACCACCGUCGUCGUCGUCGUCGACCUCGUCCUCAUCAAAACAAAUUAAAUCCUCCACGAUGACAAAUGCUGCUGGUCUCAGUUCAUUAAUCACCUUCACAAUAUUAUUGUUGGCAUGGAUAUCAGGAUUCGCCUCGAGACUCUUUGCGAUUAUACGAUUCGAGUCUAUCAUUCAUGAAUUUGAUCCAUGGUUCAAUUACAGAGCAACUGCAUACAUGGUACAGCAUGGGUUCUAUAAUUUUCUGAACUGGUUCGACGACCGCGCUUGGUAUCCACUGGGUAGAAUCGUCGGUGGAACCGUGUACCCAGGACUGAUGAUAACAUCUGGCUCUAUCCAUUACAUCCUUCAUUCUCUAAACAUUCCAGUGCACAUAAGGGACAUCUGCGUAUUUUUGGCACCAGUUUUCAGUGGACUCACCGCGAUAUCCACCUAUUUCUUGACUAAAGAACUGUGGAGUGCUGGUGCUGGUUUAUUCGCAGCAUGCUUCAUUGCUAUUGUACCCGGUUAUAUAUCCAGAUCUGUCGCUGGUAGUUACGAUAAUGAGGGAAUAGCAAUAUUUGCAUUACAAUUUACUUACUACUUAUGGGUUAAGUCGGUGAAAAAAGGAUCUAUAUUCUGGGCUGCGAUGACGGCAUUGUCGUACUUCUACAUGGUCUCCGCCUGGGGUGGCUAUGUUUUUAUUAUUAACUUAAUACCGUUGCACGUAUUCGUGCUGCUGCUGAUGAACCGAUUUAGCAAUCGUUUAUUUGUAAGUUACACGACCUUUUAUAUAUUGGGACUGUUGCUUAGUAUGCAGAUUCCCUUUGUAGGAUUUCAACCCAUUAGGACGUCUGAGCACAUGGCAGCCGGUGGAGUCUUUGCAUUACUCAUUUUCGUAGGAGCUCUGAGAUACCUGCGGACAAUACUCACUAAAUCUGAAAUGAAAUACUUUGGAGGAGUUGUUGCUGUACUUGCGGGAAUUCUUCUUCUGGGACUGAUUGUUUUGACAUAUCUCGGUGUGGUAGCACCCUGGAGUGGAAGAUUUUACAGUCUCUGGGAUACAGGAUACGCUAAAAUUCACAUUCCCAUCAUAGCAUCAGUCUCUGAACAUCAACCUACAACGUGGUUCAGUUUCUUUUUCGAUCUCCAUAUCCUCGUGUCAACUUUCCCCGUUGGUCUGUGGUACUGCAUCAAGCGAAUCAACGACGAGCGUGUCUUUGUCGUGCUCUACGCCCUGAGUGCCGUUUAUUUCGCCGGCGUGAUGGUUCGUCUGAUGCUCACGUUGACUCCAGUAGUGUGUAUGUUGUCUGGAGUCGCAUUCAGUGGACUCUUGGAAUUAUACCUGAAAGACGAGGACCGUGAAUCAGGGGAGAGAGAUAACGUGGACAGUAGCGAGGCUGAAAGUGAAACUGACGGAGAACGGAGUCCCGGAAGAGGGCUCUAUGACAAGGCGGGAAAACUCAGGAGAAUGAAACAUGAAAAACCCAAAGGCAAUGGCGACGGACUUGGUUCAAAUCUUCGCAAUGGAGUCGUUAUUGGUGUCCUGAUGCUCUUGAUGAUGUUCACUGUUCACUGUACUUGGGUCACCAGCAAUGCAUACUCCAGUCCGUCAAUCGUUCUCGCUUCUUACACCAACGACGGAGGCAGAAGCAUACUCGAUGAUUUCCGUGAAGCUUAUUACUGGCUUGCACAAAAUACUCCAACCGACGCCAGAGUAAUGAGCUGGUGGGAUUAUGGAUAUCAAAUAGCGGGAAUGGCUAAUAGGACAACACUCGUAGACAAUAACACAUGGAACAAUUCUCACAUUGCGCUGGUAGGAAAAGCGAUGAGUUCAACAGAACCAAAGGCUUACGAAAUAAUGACAUCACUAGAUGUCGACUAUGUUCUAGUUAUAUUUGGUGGAAUGAUUGGAUACUCAGGAGACGACAUAAAUAAAUUUUUGUGGAUGGUGCGUAUUGCCGAAGGUGAACACCCUCAAGAUAUUCGUGAGAGCGAUUACUUUACUGAACGUGGAGAGUUUCGUGUUGACGCUGAAGGUUCACCGACUCUUCUUAAUUGUCUUAUGUACAAAUUGAGUUACUACCGUUUUGGCGAAGUGACUCUGGACUACCGCAUGCCCGCUGGUUUUGAUCGCACGAGGCACGCUGAAAUAGGAAAUAAAAACUUUAAAUUAACUUAUCUCGAUGAAGCCUACACGACUGAGCACUGGCUCGUCAGAAUUUACAGGGUGAAGAAGCCCAAUGAGUUCAAUCGACCCAGGAUCCCAUUAUCGGAGCGUAAGAUUGCCCGAUCAUCGAGCUCGUACCACAGUAAAAAGUUAAAAUUUUGGGGGGGCCGGCAUUGAUGUUUCAGACGACACGUCGCAAGAAGGGAAUUAUCAAGAAUAAACCGACAGUGGUGAAAGGACAAAAACCUAUAAGAAGAACGACCGUUUAAAAUGUAAAUAAUUUUUUACAAGACUUGAUCAUUUUAAUCCUCUUUGGCACCUCGUUCACUCACCUCUGGCGUUUUUUAUCUAUAAGUCAAGUCACCGUCCCUUAAUUUUUUUUUUUUUUAUUAAAUAUUAAAUAUUAAUAAUGAUAAUAAUGAGUGAAGAAAAAAAAAAUUAACAGUUUUAAACUAAAAAUAAUUUAGAGUGUGCCUCGAUGUCAAUGUACUAUAGAUUUAUUGCGGGAAAAUGAAUGUUUAUUACAGUUGAUUUAUAAUUUUUUUAUUUUAUAAAAUGAAACGGGAUAUUUCCGGCUAAAAAAAUAACAAAAAAAGAGUUAAUAAAUAAAUAAAAAAAAAAAAAAGUUACGAGUAUGUUUAAUAAUAUUUAGAUUGUAAAAUUAAUCUAUUAUAUUUCGUAAAUACGUAUCAUCGAUGCAAUAAAAUUGACACCGCGAGUUGAUGGUAAAUUUAUAAAAAUCAAAUUUAAUUAAUCUUUGAAUAAGGAUACUCUUAUUAUUAAAUUAAAUUUUAGUUUGUUACGAGCAAUAACAUGUGGAAAUAUUGCUGUGAAAAUAUAAAUUUAUAAAUCGUGGACACAAAUAGUGAUAGAAAAAAAAAAUAAAACUUGGUAAAUUAAUAAAAUUUUGUUUUACAUUUAGUAUAACAACAACAAUAUUAAUAUUAAAAAUAAUAAUAAUAAUAAAUGUGUAUAUUUGAUGAUUGUGUUUGUGAGUACGCAGCAUUUAUUGAAGUGAUUAUUGAAAAUACUAUUGACUGUCGGAUAAAAUAGAUAUUCGAUGACGUAUAAAUUUAAAAAUUACCCAAUAUCUAUUUUCAAUACGAGCUUCUCUGAUAAAAAUCAUUUAUUCUGUUUGUAUUUCCAUCAUAUGAUUAACGACUGAAGUCCCACCAGAUAAAUAAAUAAUAGUAAUAAUAAUAAUAAUAAUAAUAAUAAUAAUAAUAUUGAUAAUAAUAAAAGCAUGUAAUUGUCAUUACAUCAAUUGUAAAAAAAUUAUAUAAUAGUAUUUCGGUCAUGUGUAAUAUCUGGUGUGUAAAAAAGUAAUUGAUUAUAUACAAAAAUAAUAAAUAAUUAAAAUGGAAGUAAAAAAAAAAGUUGACAAGUGUCGGACGGUUGAAAAACUUGUAAAAUGCUCAUGAAAUUGAGCCUGUAACAGUGUCUUGUUUACACAGUUUGUUGUUUAGAGUCUUGUUGAAGAUAAAUAUUCACAGUAACAUU